CCCGGUGCGAGCGGCAGCCCGGGAGAGGAUGGCGGGAGGCCGUCUGCUGGACAGCCACAGCCUGGACGGGAUCAGCCAGGUGUACGGAGCCUCCAAGGCCCAGGAAGGCAGGAGGGCCACCAUCUCCAGCGCGCUGGAGCUGGAGGGGACGGUGAGCCACGACGGGGACCUGACCCACUUCGUGGCCAACAACCUGCAGAUGAAGAUCAAGAUGAGCUCCCGGGGCAGCCUGGAUGACACGGAGGCCACCUCCUCCUCGUCGGUGUCGUCGCAGCUCUCCGUGAGGGGCAAAGCCGCCGACAUCCCUCCGAUCGACCCGGAGGUGAUCCAGGACUUGGAGAGGCUGACCGGGGACGUGGCUCAGAGGGUGGACCAGAUGCUGAGGGUCUUGAACGGCUCCAUCCAGAACAUGACAGCCUUGAGCGUGGGCUACAUCCAGACGUACCGGGAUGCCGUGGACAGCUUGGGCGAAUCUGUGGACGUGAGCAUCAAAGGAAUGUACACCCUGAUGGCGAGGUGUGAGGAGCUGGACCGUUCCAUGCAGCCGGUCCACACCCUCGCGAGACAGAUCCGGGAGAUCAAGAGGACACUAGAGAUCUUUGAGGCACUUUGCAAGUAGUGCCCGUUUCAGAACAAUGAGUGA